GAUAUUUGAUACAACGGCAUUACAUAUAUUGUUAUAAUCGGAACAACUUCAAUGUUUCAAGUAGUUAGAAUUUGCCUAGUGCUGUUGUGCCUGAAAUAUGGUAAUUCCUAUGCGAAUACAGGGCAAGAAAGUGGCUGUUUUGAGGGGCAGUUUCAAUGCAAGAAUGGUCAGUGCAUAACUGAUUCUCUCAAGUGCGAUACAUUUAUGGACUGUGCCGAUGGCAGCGAUGAGACAUUUGUGGAAUGCUAUGAUAUCAAAUGCAAUGAACAUAGGUGCUCAUAUGGCGCCUGCGUCAAGAGCUCCAAAUGGUGUGAUGGAAAAAAGGACUGCUGGGAUAAUACAGAUGAGUACGAGUUCGAUUGUACCAACGACCCAGGUCUUUUCGAUCGAAAAAUUCGUGGUAAAUGCACUGAAAAAACUUACACGCAGUUUCAAUGCAGAGAAUCUGAGGAAUGUAUUCCCCAUAGCAAAAUGUGCGAUGGCGUUGGGGACUGUUUGGAUAAUUCGGAUGAAAAUAUUGAAGUUUGUGUAGGCUCGAUCUGUCCACCCGGUUCCUUUCGUUGUGCCUACGGCGCCUGCAUUUCCAAAAUGGCGGUCUGUAAUCACCGUAUUGAUUGCCUAGAUGGGUCCGAUGAACUGUCUGACUUAUGCAACGAGAUGAGCAACAAGACCUCGACUGAGGACUGGUACAUACCGUCUUGGGAAAUCUCUACAACCGACAAAAGUCCGCAUCUAACGGCUGUGUCUACUUCAACGGUUCAGCCGCCAGAAUUUAAGAAGAGCUGCACUGUGAUCGGCGCGCAGCUGCGUCUGAGAACCUUGUACAAUGGCAUGCCAUAUUUCAACGGUGGAACCGUGUCCCAUCAGACAACGGUGCGACUGAGCUGCAGCCAGAAGUAUGCACUUCAGGGCAGCGAUGUAAACACUUGCGAUAAUGGUGACUGGAAGGCACCGUGGGCGGAGUGUGUAAAUACCUGCGAUCGAAACAGUAUCAUAAAUGAUCCCAGUAUUCAGGCCGUAUGUACUUCCAACAACAAUACCAUCGAUUGCGCCACAGAUCCACUUGUGGCCUCAACCAGAGCCAUCAUUCAUUGUGCUAAGGGCUAUACAUCCACUAUUUCCAAUGAAGAACUCAAAUGCAAAACGAAUGGGAAAUGGUCAAAGGUCAAUACUAAACUUUCUAAAUUAAAAUGCAAGCCUGACUGUGGAAGAACUUUUGACACAGUUAAAGAAGAUCCAUGGCUGGUCAGCGUAUUUCAACGCAUCUCAAAUAAUAAUUAUAUAUUUCGUUGCUUUGGCUCAAUUAUUGACCCAUUUUAUGUGCUCACUGUGUCCAACUGUUUUUCCAGCAGUUCCGAAUUGCCUACAGACUACACCAUAGUUUUGGGCAAUAAGUCGGUUGGAUUCAAUGCAAACCAGGAACAUGGCUACGAAGUACGAAACAUUGCCAAGGUGGACCUGAAAACAUUCAAGCCUCUAGCUAUACUGAGUAUGAUAAAUCCUUUUAUACUCUCGGCUAAAGAGCGGCCCAUUUGCCUAAAUGAUUCCCAAAGCAGUUAUAAUACCAAAGCACACGGGAACACUCUGGGAGAGCCAAUUGUUGAAAACACUGAACAGGUAUACUCUUUAAAAUAUAUUGUUGAUGAAAAUAGCCCAGUUAAUACAAGGAUGUUCACCAAAGGUAUUAAACGUUUAUUAUUACAGCAUGUAUUAAAAAAUAGUUACAAAUAUGAAAUAUAAA